AUGCAGGAGUUCGUUCCAUCACCAUGGCUAUCCACAGCGACUGGGCCCUGGCCGAAUGGACGUCAAAACGAAUUUUUUUUCGCGGUAGUGGAAUUGACUAGGGCUUUUGUGCCACUGAUAUUGAAAGCUGGUCUCGGGAGCAAGAUUGUGUUUUCGAACAGCGUUGCGGCUGUGGCGCCGAUGCCGACGCAAGUUCUUUAUGAUGCAUCAAAAGCAGCUUUCAAGAUGUAUGCAGAUGUUCUCAGGCUCGAAUUGGAACCUUUGGGGAUUUACAUCGUCAAUGUCAUGACUGGUGAGGUAGGCACGACGAUGGCGGAGCAGUGUCUGGAGAAGUUGCCGCAAGGAUCACCAUAUGAAUCCAUUCGAGACAUUAUCAAUAAGUCAUGGUCAGGCAGAAAGACUGUGAUGCCGGUGAGAGAACACACUACCACAGUUGUUGAGAAAGUCUCUCAGCAGCAUCCUCCAAAGCAGAUAUGGCUUGGCGGGAAUGCGCUAUUGGUGUGGGUUAUAGAAUUGCUCGGUUUGCAUUGGCUCUACGGUUUCAUGUUCAGAAAGGAGUAUGGUUUGGAUAAGCCUUUGUUAUGUAACGUGGGGCAGAGUUAA